AUGCGUACUUUGCAGAUUCUUGGUCCUCUCUUUGUCCUCGUUCAUGAUGUUUUCGUAAGCACUGCCUUCGGAGUCUCACUUGAAGAGCAUGUGUAUGCCCUAGAUCCGAGGAUACAGUUCAAUCCUCCAUUAACCGACAACAAUGUCUGGAGAGUCAUGACCGUUCCAUCUCCAGACACUGGGAAUCUCACGACUAAAAUCGAGACGGUCAGUAACGAUGCAGUUGCAUCGUUUACAUUUCAAGGAUCAACCAUAGCAUUACACGGCCUUUCAAUCCCAAAAUAUUCUGGGUUAUACUUCACUCUCGACGAGAACACAUCCUUUACAGAGUCACUCCUUGAUUUGAGUAACGCGGACGAUACCUUGAUGUUCCCGAUUGCUACCGAUCUGGAUCCAACCAUCAAUCAUACUCUCUUAAUCCAGAAACUGCCGGGCUCUGCUGACGACGAACCGUGGAAUUUGUCUGUGGAUGCUGCCACACCUACCGCUCUACCUAGCUAUAUCCUUGCUAGCACUGUAUCUGCCUCCUCGACACCAACGACUGCACAACCGAGUCCGGGGUCUUCAUCACAACACAAGAGCCACCAUCGUCAUAUUCGAGUUAUAGUUGGAGCCGUCCUAGGAGCAGUUUUAGGGGCCUGCUUCGUCGUCGCUACCAUCAUUAUGAUCCGCCUCUGUAGACGUCGUCUUCGCCGUCUCGAUCCAUCCCACACCACUCCAAGUCCUUACGUUAUCCCCACCGAGCAACGCCGAUCACAUCGCCUUGUAAAUUUCAGAUGGAUUCAAAUCAAAUCUCGGCCAUUCAGUAGUGGGCGGGAGUCUAAUAACGCUACGAUAGGCAGUGGUGAAGACAGAAUUAGAUCUAACCGGAAUACCUUCGUGCGUAUGGACGGUAGUGGAUCACGAGCAAUAAUGAGCAGUCGGAGUCAUACGUCGCAAAUUUCGCAAACUGGAAUUGCCAUCCUCUCUGGAGACCCGUUCGGAGACUCAGGUAGCCGACAAAAUUUUACUUCUUCGAAAUAA